CUUUGGAAUAUUCUUUAAUCUAAUUAGUUUGGGAGUUUCUAUAACAAACCACUAGAGGGCAAUCAGCUAAAAGUAUACAAACAACAACAACAACAACAACAACAAUAAUAAUAAUAACAAUAAUAAUAAUAAUAAUAAUAAUAACAAUAAUAACAAUAAUAAUAAUAAUAAUAACAUAAGAAAAGGCAUCAUGUGUAAUAAAUUAUAAAUAAUGUGAUGUACAUGGCAACAAAUGGCGAAUCUUAAGAUCAAUAAAGCUCAAUGUUCCAGCUGAACACUAAAUAUAGAUUAGAGUUACUAAAAACGUGUUUCCCUCUUUCCAACAACACACCACUGGCUAUUCAAAUAGAUCUAACACACUUUCCGACAGUAAGACACCAAAGCUAGAAAUUCCGUGAUUGUGCGUCUCAUUUGUUUGUGGUUUUCAGAUCGGCUCCUUUUUGCUCGGUAGGACUCGUCAGUUUCCGAUGCUCAUGUUCCGGAAUAAGUCCCAUAUAUGUACGCAGGGGCGUUGUUUCAUUCACCGGAUAAAAAACCAUGUAUGGGGUUGAAGAUAAACCGGAAUUCCUGAUUCAGACUGAUAGAUGCACCCGACCCUGUCGAUUUCAUUUAGGAAACUAUAUAUUUGUCACUUUUGUUCUAUAUAGAUUCUGGGAGUGAAUACGGUUGUUUUUUUUUGCGCAUCAGAAAAUGAACAUGAAAAGCAUUUUGUUUGCAUGCAAACGUUUUUUCUUUUCAACCCGGAAUAAGUGCUGGCUGGCUGUGUCAAUUUUCCUACCGCUGGGCCAUCAGUGAAACCAAAAGACAGCGAAGUCUCCAUUGACAACUAUCUGCUUGGUGUCGUCACCAGGCCUCUGAGCCAAUCAUAUCUCGUGGCUCCGCUGGUCUUUUGCCGUCCGGUCCUUAUAUGGUCAGUGACGUAACGGCACAUUGAACGGCUCCCCAUAAAUACACACAUAGUACCAAUAAGAGGCGCCGUGAGGGACUGUCAUUCAACAAAAACACACACACAGCCUGAUGAGAGGCUCGCUUUCCCGUGGUCACAUCUGAGUGCGCGCUAAACACUCCCUAGGUUAAGUGACAGCCCUGCUGAUGUCAGUUUAGUGUCAGAAGUGUGGGGGGGAAAAAAGCAGAGGGUCAUCCGCGCGCAAACACAAACACUUCUCUCGCGACUGAACGAUGACCGCUAAAACUUUGGAGAAAAGCCCUGUCACUCUCGGCGGCUUCGUGCACCCUCUGUCCGAGGGCAUCUACUCACUGGACGAGACCACAGCGCUGCCAGCCUCGGUGGCAAUUUUUCCAAACUGUGAUCUAGGAGGACAUUACGACCAGAUAAAUGGAAUUUCAGCAGAUGGCUUGGUUGGCGGGGAUAUGAGCGCGGACAAGCGCGCCGUCGACCUGCCCUACUCCAGCAGCUUCGCGCAGCCGGCUGUUCCUCGCAGUCAGACGUUUACCUACAUGGGCAAGUUCUCCAUCGACUCCCAGUAUCCGGGCAACUGGAACCCAGAGGGCGUGAUUAACAUCGUGAGUGCGGGCAUUCUGGGCAUGACCCAGGCCUCUUCGGCGUCCUCUUCGCCGUCCUCCUCUUCCUCGGUGUCUCCGGCUCACUUCUCCAGCACGCUCAGCUGCACAGUGGCUCAGGGCCAGACGGACAUGGAGCAGCAGCACAUCUACUCCCCUCCUCCGCCCUAUUCGGGCUGCGCGGAGGUCUACCAGGACCCGUCCGCAUUCCUCUCCACCUCCACGUGCCCCAUCUCCUCGUACCCGCCGCCGGCCUAUUCCUCCCCUAAACCGAGUGCUGAUGCCGGCCUCUUCCCCAUUCUUCCGGACUACAGCGGCUUUUUCCAGCCCCCAUGCCAGCGGGACAUGCAGUCCAUCCCCGAGCGCAAACCUUUUGCGUGCCCUCUUGAGCCUUUCCGGGUGCCGCCGCCUCUUACGCCACUCAACACAAUUAGGAACUUCACUUUGGCUGCACCGGUGGCCGAGGGAGCGCGCUUACCCGCAGCUUACAGCCCGCAGAACCUGCCACUGAGGCCCAUCCUGCGCCCGCGGAAAUACCCGAACAGGCCCAGCAAAACGCCCGUGCACGAGCGUCCGUAUCCAUGCCCGGCUGAGGGCUGCGACCGGCGCUUCUCGCGCUCUGACGAGCUCACCCGGCACAUCCGCAUCCACACGGGCCACAAGCCAUUCCAGUGCCGCAUCUGCAUGCGGAACUUCAGCCGCAGCGACCACCUGACCACACACAUCCGCACACACACCGGCGAGAAGCCCUUCGCCUGCGACUACUGCGGCCGCAAAUUCGCGCGCAGCGACGAAAGAAAAAGGCACACCAAGAUCCACCUGAGGCAGAAGGACAGGAAAGCCACGGCGUCCUCAUCCUCCUCUUCCUCCUCGGUUCCCGCCGGUGGCUCAAACUCCACGUCCGGAAUCAGCCAAUGAGGAUCCGCGGCGCGCAACAGAGACUGGGAAACCGUCGCGAUGGUAACCGAGCACGCGCAGCCAAAUCCUCAGCACCAAACUGAGUUAACUCUUCAUACAGUGUUUACUUUGAAGGUGCACGCGGACCGGUGUAAACAAUUCUGGUGUUCAGUUCAAAGCAUAAAAAAACAAAACAAAACCCAAACAAACCUGGAAAUGACCUGAAACCACUUUGGAUGAAGGACACUAAGAGUGCGCGUCCUCGAAUGGCACAGUUUAUUUUUCUGACUUUCUCAGUCACAUGUUGACUGACCAAACGCACUUUGUUUGUAUAUUUAGGUUAAAUAAUUUAAUGGAAUAACCUUAAACAGCAUGUGGGAGUGUACUUUAUUCUACUGACAAUGUGAGAUGUCCGUGUUGGAAACAUGAGAGAGUGGGCUUUAGUGAGAGCCAUUUUCUCUGCAAUAAGUCGGAACUGAUAAUCUAAUGUGUGAGAUGAAUCUUAACUCUCUUUCCUUCUGUUUAUUGUGCCUUCGUCCGUGCUUUUAUUGUACAUAACUGCAUACUGUAUGUGCGGAGGCAUUUAAACAGUGUACAGUGGAUCCUUUAAAAAGUUUUGUUUGUUUUUUUUGUGAAAAAAAAAAAUCUAUUUUUGUACCAUUGUUUGGUGUUGAAUUGUUCCAUGGUGGCUAAAAAAAGUACAUGUAAAUAAUAGAUCUCACUGUUUUUUGUUUUUUGUUCGUUUGUUUUGUUUUUUUUGUGAAUGUCAAAUAUAAUUGGAAUGAAAUAACUAACGCAGGUUAGUAACUUUCUGUCAUCAUUAAAAUAAAAAACAUAAUCAAUAAAACACAAUGUCUGAAAUGGUUGUUGCAGAGACUAAAAUUCAUUUUCAUAUUCACAUUUCAUAUUUGAUAGCAGUAGGAAAGAUUGAUGUACACCUGAAUAGGAAAUUCCCAAUUUCACACCAGUCAGGUCUGACUCACUGUCUCACAAGGACACUCACCCACACACACACACACACACACACACACACACACAAACCUUAUCAUUGUAAUGCAAAAAAACAAAUGUCAUGCCUAUACCUUUUAGUUUAUUUCUUUAUUAGUACAAAAGCAGCAUUUAGUUUGUGGGGACCGGCCAAAUGUCCUCACAAGGUCAAAAGUGACAGAUAUUCCAAUCCUUGUGGGACAUUUGGUCACCAUAAGGACAUAAAACAUACCAACACACAAAAACACACACACACACACACACACACACACUGUUGGCUUUUCAGUAGGUUCCUGACAGUGUGUAGAAUGUGUACUAUUAAUAUUAAUACAUGCUGAUAUUUCCUAAAUUAUUCCGAAAACAACGUCGCGUGUUAACAUGUGGAGGGACGGACGAGGUGUCAGAUCUCAUUUUUUUUCACAUUUCAAGCCUUGUGAACAUUGUGAACAAGAUCUGCUUAAA